AUGUUAGUAGUGAAUUUAACUUCUCAAGAUCCAGAUUCAGAAAUUGAAGAUCUAUUAAAUACAUAUUUAGAUUUCAACAAUUUGCAUAUUAUAACUGAGGAAAAUUUUGAUGAUUCUAAAAUUAUCAAAGUUAAAUCUGAUCAAAGCAGUGAUUGA